AUGGCUAGUGUACGGAAGGUCCGGGUCAGUUUUGCUGAUGACCUGGUAUCUAACCGGAUUAAUCACAUACAAAUUUCCUCCGAUCACUCUUCAACAAUCAAAACUCCGAGUGAGCCUAAAAAUGAACGGUCUUCUGGUAACUUUAGUGAUAUGUUGUUGAAAAGAUACAAUAUUGCCAAGGGCCAAUUCACCACGCUUGCCCCUGAGGCUACUCUUAUUGGCGCCUUACCUGAGUCAAAAAUUGCCUUGAAAAGGGACGAGGAUUUCACCAUAGAUACUGUGGGUGAAAAUCCAGAUGAUCAGUGUAGAGAUGGGAUUAACAGAGAAAUAGACACCGAAUUAGCGUACAUUAGUGACAUACCCCCGCUGGACCAGUUGUUGACUGAUCUAAUAGCUAAGACGCAGAAUGAAAGGGAUGAAAUCGAAGCGAGUAUUGAAGAUGUCGUUAGUUACUUGAAUGGAGCGGAUUCAAGGUUGGGUAAACUAGACGAUGAGAUUCGAAUGGCUACUGAUAAAUUGACAUUUUUAUUGUACAUGGACUACACUUUGGCCGAUAUUGUGAAUCUUAUGGAUGUUAUUAACGCGGAGGUCAACCAUUUGAAGAAUCUGAAGAAAAUUAUGAUUAAUAAAUUAUGCUCCAAAGCUAGGGAUGAUGAUCUUAAUGUUGAAUGUGAUGAAUAUAUCAGCAAGGUUAUGAAGUUGAAGGGUAGGAUUGGAGACAAAUACUUAACGUCCAGUGCAUGUGAUGUACUAGUACAGUUUCAUGAUCUCUAUCCCGAUGAUUAUGUAAGAUCGGGAUUAGAUAGCCACGUCAUUACGAUUUUGCUCUUUUACUCCCAAUUAGAGAUGUUGUUGUGGGAUCCUUUGAUUUUCUUCCCCUCCUCAAGUGCCUUUCUUAACACUGGUGAGGGAGAUAAUGCUGGGGAAAGUUACAUUGAUACUAAUAGCGACAUCACCCAUUUUACCUGGUAUAAAAUGGCCUCUAAAUUCAAAUCAUCCGAUUCUUUCAUAAGGAUAAUAACACAAAAAGUAUAUAUAGAUUCUGUAUUUGAUUUGUUCAAGAUUUGGGAAUGGUGUACAUUUGCCCAUGUGGAUAGGUUGGUGGAAACGCUGAAACCAGUAUACGAAGAAUCACAGAUUAUUGAUACAAUUGAAAUGAUGAUGACUAAGUUGGCCAAAGUUGGUAAUCCAGAGGCCCUGGAGAAUCUAAACAUCAUCAGGAGUUAUUUUCGCCGUGCUUAG